GGCACUCUGCCGCAUCCGGGAACGAGAAAGCAAGGGGUGAAAGGAGGUGGGGGAGAGCCAUGGGGAAGUCGGAUUUUCUCAGCCCGAAGGCUAUCGCUAACCGCAUCAAAUCCAAAGGGUUGCAGAAGCUGCGUUGGUACUGCCAGAUGUGCCAGAAGCAGUGCCGCGAUGAGAAUGGCUUCAAAUGUCAUUGCAUGUCUGAAUCUCACCAAAGGCAAUUACUGCUGGCUUCUGAAAAUCCUCAGCAAUUCUUGAACUACUUUUCCGAGGAAUUCCGAAACGAUUUCCUAGAGCUGCUCAGGAGACGAUUUGGAACAAAGAGAGUCCACAAUAAUAUUGUGUACAAUGAAUAUAUCAGUCACCGAGAACACAUCCACAUGAAUGCAACACAGUGGGAGACACUGACUGAUUUUACAAAGUGGUUGGGGAGAGAAGGUCUUUGUAAGGUUGAUGAGACUCCAAAAGGCUGGUAUAUCCAGUACAUUGACAGGGACCCAGAGACCAUUCGCAGGCAACAAGAACAAGAGAGAAAGAAGAAACAAGACCUCGAUGAUGAAGAAAAAACAGCGAAAUUCAUUGAACAGCAAGUUAGAAGAGGUUUGGAGGGGAAAGAACUGGAGGAGCCAGUCUAUACUGAACUGAACAGAGAAAAUGAAGAAGAAAAAGUUGCAUUUAAUUUAAAUAAAGGAGCAAGUACUUCAGUAGCAGCAUCUUCAAAAACAAGCAGCAUCCUUGGACCAAGUGCACUGAAGAUGGCAGAAGGAGCAGUUAAAAGAAAAGAAUCAGCUCAUAGCUCGGGUCAGUCCAAAGAGAAAAAGAAGAAAUCUGCACUGGAUGAGAUUAUGGAGCUUGAAGAAGAGAAGAAAAGAACAUCUCGAACAGACUACUGGUUGCAGCCAGAAAUCAUUGUAAAAAUUGUCACGAAGAAGCUCGGAGAGAAGUAUCACAAGAAGAAGGCAGUUGUUAAGGAGGUGAUCGACAAAUAUACAGCAGUUGUGAAAAUGAUUGAUUCUGGAGACAAACUGAAGCUUGAUCAGACGCAUCUGGAGACUGUAAUACCAGCACCAGGAAAGAAAGUUAUGGUAUUAAAUGGUGGUUACAGGGGAAAUGAAGGCAUCCUGGAAUCUAUCAAUGAGAAGAAAUUUUCAGCAACAAUCAUCAUUGACUCUGGGCCUUUGAAAGGACGCCGAGUUGAAGGGAUCCAGUAUGAAGACAUUUCCAAACUUGCCUGAGGUGCUUAUUACGUAUCAGAGAAGAUUUUGGUUCCUCAAACCAUCUUUCUGGCUUCUUGUGGGCAGACACAGGAGACUCUACUAUGUCAGGGUUUUAUCUUUGUGUGUAUAUGUAUCUAUAAUGUAUAUAGAGAAUAACCAAGAGCAAAUUGAAUUUAUUUAAAGAUCACUAUAGAUUUGUUACAUAAAAUGUUUGUGGAAAUUUUAAUGGUGGAAAUACUUCAUCUGAUCCUUUCUCAAAAUUUUUUUUUAAUAAUUUUUCAGUUUCAUUUUGCAAAAUACAACAGCUGCAAGUUGGAGUAUCUUCUUUACUGAAGUAUGAGUGAAAUAUUGUAGGACAGAGAACUGUCCACAGCAGCUGCUUGAGGCAGGCAAUGUGUGUUGGGGCCAAUGGAUUUUAAACAGCAGAUUUUCAAUUUGCAGCCAAAACAGUUCUGGCUGGAGGAAGAAGGGAAAGGAUUAAGAGAAUAGCAGAAGGUAACAGGGAUUCUUCUCCUGGAUUUUGUAAGAAGGGUCUGCUUUAUUAAGUGUUGUCACCAAAUUAUUUUUAGUUAACUUAUCAGCUGUAGUAGAAUCCACAUAAUUAAAUUUCCAUCACCUCGUUCUCAGGGCUCCUAAUAAUGCUUAUACACAACUUAUCUGCUUAUGGGCUCCAAGAUGGAUGUUUCUUGUGGGGCUUCUAGCAUUCCUGCCUAAGUCUGUGCAGAUAUGAACUGGCAAUUGCUGUUUUGGUUUUCCAGAGCAUUUUCCCUUGUCCAUAGUUCCAUUGUUUUCCCCUGCACUGCUGUGGAUGCUAAAUGAAUAACAUUACUUUUUAAUUUUUAAAAAAAUGUCACAUUUUAUACAGUAUUUUAUUUUUAAGGAAUGUUCAGGAAUAAACAUAAACUUAUCUUAGGUCAAAGCUUUCCUAAUCAGCCUUUUAAACACAUGGGGCAGCACUCUGUUCUUUUAUAUCCACUGAAGAGCACAGUAAAAUGGCCAACUGGUGUACCUGCCUUAUUUUUGUAAAAGAAAGGUGCAAGUUUUCCCAACCAAAAUACAGACCAUCACCUGUGGUUCAGACUGCCUUUGGUGGUUAUUGUGUGUGUCUGGAAUUUGAUGGCAAGAAAACUGAUAAUCCUGUGCCUUCCAAAGCUGAUCUUAGCUGUGUGGAGCUGCUGUGUUGACUACUGUGGAGCUGAGACCUAGGAAGUUGGGGAAGGUGAGAAGAGGUAACCAAUGCUCAUUUGGGAAAGGUAGUUUUAUGUCCCUGCAAACUCAGCAGUGUUGUGUGGUUGAGCAGAAUUCCUUUGGAAAGACUGCAUUUUUUUCAUAAAGAAAAGGCACUCAGCCCUUUCCUUAAUGAGCUGAAUUGAACAGGAUGCUGUUGUGGAUGUGUACCCCAGUUCUAGUGCAGUCUAAAAGUUCAGGUCACCAGCAUCAAAUUCACUGUUGCUUGUCCCUUGCUUUACCUCACAGAACCAUGAUUCGUGGUUUCCAGGGGACCCCUGCAGGAAAACUGAAAGACUGUAGAGGUUGAGUGAAAGAGCUGCAGUCCGGAAUAACCUCACAGGAGGAUUUGAAUGACUUUCCAGGGAUCCCAGGCACAAAUACAAGUCAAGCAAUAAUGCAGUAUCUAAAAAUUGAACAAUUAUGCAGGAAGGAACUUAAGGCAGAA